AUGGCUCACAGUGAUCGGCGGGUGUCGAUGACCUCUGGCGAUGGUCAAUGGCGAUCGACGGUGGUCGAUGAUGAUCGGGAAGGUGCUGGACUUCUGCUCCUUCUCAAAGCUUCCGACCACACCCCCGACAGCGGCGGCGGCCUCGAACUCCCCCCUUCCCAAAACUGGACCUUUUCCAUCCCCACCACCAACGCCACCUCCGGCACUAUCUGGGCUCGCGCCAACUGCACCACCGACUCCUCCGGCAACUUCACCUGUCUCUCCGGCGACUGCUCCGGCGCCCUCAACUGCACCUCUUCCCCCUCCUCUCCCGUCACCAUUGUCGAAUACUCAUUAUUCCAAUGGGGAAACAAUGAUUUCUACGACAUCUCCCUCAACAACGGAUUCAAUCUGCAGGUUGAAAUCACGCCCACCGGAGCCGGCAACUGUAGCUCGGUGAAGUGUGUGGGGGACGUGGACGGCGAGUGCCCGUCGGAGCUGAGGUCGGCGGGAGGUUGCAAGAGCGCGUGCGAUGUGUAUAAGACGGAUGAGUAUUGUUGUAAUAAGGUGGGGAGUUGUUCGCCAACCAAGUAUUCGAGGUUUUUUAAGAAGCUGUGUCCUAAUGCUUAUAGCUAUUCUAUGGAUGAUCAGACCAGCACAUUUACAUGCACUUCGGGUGAGGAUUAUAGGGUGACGUUUUGUCCGUAGGGUGAUUUGAUCGUAUGAUAUUAUGUGUGUUUAUGAAGUAUGUUACUUUGGAUGUAUUUAAUUUUGAUGUAUAUGGGGUUAUAUGUGAAUUUAUGAGAAUAAGGAGGAUA